AUGGUGGUCGAUUCUUGGGCGCAAGACGCCUCCAAUAACUCCUCUCACCACGGCCAUUCCGGCAAACCCGGCGAUACAAUACAGGAGUGGUCCUCACUUAUCGGUAUCGUCACAGCCAUUGUAGGCAACGUACUCAUCGCUCUUGCGCUGAAUGUCCAGAGAUACGCACAUAUUCGACUUCACAAGCAACGGAGUAGGAACCGGAAGAGGGCGAAAGAAGCAUUGAAGCACCCUCACCCUGGAGAUCAUGGUGGCUCAUACGGCACCAUUGGAGGAGGUAGCGAUGGAGCUGGGUAUCAAAAUGGUCACGGAACAAGUACAGAUGAUGGAAAUCGCAUAGACGAGAGCCGUGAAACUGAUCCGCUGACCGGGUCCUUUCACUCCGAUGCAUCACAGAGCAUCGAUAGCAAAGAGGAUGAUACGUCGUCAUCAUACCUCAAAUCUCCGUACUGGUGGUUGGGUCAAGUUCUUAUUACUCUUGGCGAGAUGGGCAACUUCCUCGCAUAUGGCUUCGCCCCUGCUUCGAUUGUCUCUCCUCUUGGAGUCGUCGCCUUGAUAUCAAACUGCAUCAUUGCGCCUGCCAUGUUCCACGAGAAGUUCCGACAGCGCGAUUUCUGGGGUGUAGUUAUUGCUGUAGGUGGUGUUGUUACUGUUGUUCUGAGCGCAAAGCAAGAGGAGACCAAGUUGAACCCUCAUGAUGUAUGGGACGCGAUCACUACGUUGGCUUUCGAGAUCUAUCUUGGCGUGACCAUAUUUCUUAUCCUGGUCUUGAUGUGGGCAAGUCAUAGGUACGGAAGACGCACGAUUCUUAUCGACCUGGGACUUGUCGGUUUGUUUGGCGGCUACACUGCCCUUGCGACAAAGGGCGUUUCGUCGAUGUUGUCUUCCACUCUUUGGCGUGCUUUUGCAACUCCUGUCACUUACGUUCUCAUCGUUAUUCUCCUUGGGACGGCAGUCAUGCAGAUUCGCUACGUCAACAAGGCGCUGCAACGCUUCGAUUCGACGCAAGUUAUCCCAAUCCAGUUCGUAAUGUUUACGCUGUGUGUGAUCAUCGGAAGCGCCGUCCUUUACCGCGAUUUCGAACGAACGAACGCUGAACAGGCAGCCAAGUUUGUUGGGGGUUGUCUCCUUACCUUCUUUGGCGUCUUUCUCAUUACUAGCGGCCGUGAGCAAAGCCAUAACGAUGACGAAGUCCUAUCCGAAGACGAUGAUUUUGAGGAUACCAUAGGCCUUGCGAACCAGGAAGGGAAUGGCACAGCGUCCUACCAAGACGGUCAGGGGUUCUCUACUCCCAAGUCUCAGUCACGACGGUCGAGUCACCUGUCAGGUCUUAACUAUCCUGACGCGCAGAGAGCCUUGAAGGCGGCGGUUACACCACAUCAGGACAACAACAAUCUCCCAUCAGCCAAGGCUUUGAGUUCUCAGAUGUCCCCAGGCCAGGAGACUAUGGCUUCUGGUUUCCCCUGGAACGAUUUCGGAGGGCCGUCAACACCACCGGGGAGAGGCGUUAGGGCGUACUCUACAGACUCUGUUCUUGCACCACCAGGGGCCGCGGGUUCAGUGGCGCUUGCCUCCCACCCAGCAACACCGAUGAGAGAUGUCCCAGCUGCUGAUGGCUCGCUUCUCCCACGGCCUCAGGCUAGUCCUUCGAAGCCUGGUGGUACUGGAAGCCGAUCCAGGACCUUCAUAUCCCCGUCUCCUUUAUCGUCGACAGUUACGGCUGUGGUCAAGGACGCCUUUCUGCGCGCAUCUGACGACCCGAGUGUUCGCCAGUCCUCGAUGCGUCGUAUACGUUCCACCAUCCGUGCCGGGUUGUUCUUUAACGAAGACGAUGAGAAUGCUGAUCCCGAGAACAACUCCCGGUCGAACACGCUCCCCGCACAAUCAGCAGCGCCGGUAUCAGUGGAAAAUCUUCCUAGCGCCUUAGACGAGGCUGAGGGGCCUGCAGGCGAGGACGAUCUGGUACGUCGGCGGUCACGUAGUGUUAGUGAUACACUAGGCGAAUUUUUUGGCGUCAGGCGCAAGAAGCGCCUUGAUGGCUAUUUCGCGAGCGACGUCGAAGAUGUGACAAUAGGAGGAGCUGCCCCAGGUCAAGAUCGGACGGAUAGCCAAGGGGAUUGCCGAGAAGUAUAA